AUGGCCACCCUAACCCAUGCCUCCCAACCUCACUUGCUCCCACCUACCCCACCUACUAUUGUUCCUCUUGCUUUCAGUGUCUGGUCAACUUUGUGUGAGAUCUCAGUAGACUCCAUGGAGGAGUACCUAGCAACCAGCCUCUUGAUGCUUGCACAUGGCGUCCGAAACAAGGUUAACGACACCAGUGGGUUAGGACAUGUACAAGACAUGGGCAGCACCCCUGUGGCAGUGGAGAAACCAAGUCAGCAGGAGUACAAGUGCUCGGUGUGUGGCAAGGUGUACAUGUGUUAUCAAGCGUUAGGCGGGCACAUGACGAGGCAUCGUAAGUUGUUGGCACAAGUGGUGACCGAUCAUAAGUUGUUCUCCAAUGGUAGCGAGGCAACGAAGAUGCACCGGUGCUCCAUAUGCCCCCUCGCGUUUACAUCUCGACAAGCGCUAGGUGGGCACAAGCGGGUACACUAUGGGGGUGGUGUUGCUAAAGACUUUGUCAAGGAGAAGAAUGUUGUGAAAACCAAGUCCAUGGGAGAACCGAAGGCAGUGCUUAAAGACUUUGACUUGAACCUUCCAGCUGUGGCAACAACUGUAGGAGACAAAGCAAAGAACUCACCACCGGAGGCCAAAAGAGUGUGAAUGAUGAUGCUCCCCUAA